AUGAACAACUUAUAUCUCGCCCUUGGCUCGAUCCUCUUGAUCGCAUUGAUCGCCCUCGUCGGCUUCGUAUCCAAAAAGCUCGGCGCCCUCAGGGAUCCUCUUCAGAUCUGGGAGGCCCUCAACAAUGUCGGUCUCUUGCCCAUCCGCAUGCGAGCCUGGAUCUUCUCGACCGUCGUCGGAAUCGCCAACCCUUACUCCAAAUCCAUCAACUUCCGUAUCACUGAGCUGAGAAAGGGCAAGUCUUGCGGAGUCAUGAAGGAGACCAAGGCGAUCUCGAACCCUUUCCGUUGCGUCCACGCCGCUGCUUUGAUCACCUUUGGCGAGACUGUCGGAGGCCUGGCUGUUUUUACUCUUCUCGGAAAGAAGGAUCGCGCCAUCUUGACCAAUAUCAACGCGGAGUACAUUAAAGUGUCGCGCGGUUUGUUGACUGCCAGCUCGGUCAUUCAGCCAAUAAAGGAUCGGGAGAUUAAGGAGCUCGUCAACGAGGUUCUCAUCAAGAACGCCGCUUUCGAGACCGUUGCCAAGCUCACCCUGACAUGGAAAGUCGACCUCAAGGACCAGUAA